AUGAGUAAAAUUUCAGUGUCAAGCGUGCGAGGCUCCAUCCGAGACUUACUCACUGCCAGUAACGGUGAGAAGAAGCGAAAAUUUACCGAGACAGUUGAGCUGCAAAUCGGCUUGAAGAACUACGACCCUCAAAGAGACAAACGUUUCAGUGGAACCAUCAAGCUUUCUCAUGUCCCUCGUCCUCGUAUGACCGUCUGCAUCCUUGCCGAUGCCGCCGACAUCGACAGAGCAAAGCAAAUCGACUUGGAAUACAUGAGCGUCGAUGAUUUGAAGAAGCUGAACAAAAACAAGAAGCUUGUCAAGAAGCUUGCCAAGAAGUACGACGCCUUCUUGGCCUCGGACGCCUUGAUCAAACAGAUCCCCCGACUUUUGGGACCUGGUCUAUCCAAGGCCGGAAAGUUCCCUACCCCUGUUUCCGCAGCCGAUGACCUGACCAACAAGGUCACCGACAUUAAAUCCACCAUCAAGUUCCAAUUGAAGAAAGUCUUGUGUCUUGGUGUGGCUGUCGGACACGUCGAAAUGACCGAAGACCAGCUCCUCGGUAACACGAUGUUGGCAAUCAACUUCUUGGUAUCUCUUCUCAAAAAGAACUGGCAAAACGUCAAGUCGCUCCACUUGAAGGCCACUAUGGGAGCCCCAGCACGUCUGUUCUAG